AUGAGCGACUUCAAAUUCAACGGCCAGAAGCCUGACGCGGAUCUCAUUGCGUCCAUCGUCAAAUUGCUGGACGCCCACGGCAUCCCCAAUGUCAUGUGGGGCGCUUACGCCUUGAUACGGUACGGGGCGCCUCUUGUCAUCGAGGAUUUUACCUUUGUUAUCCCUGAUCAACACAUCGACAGAGCGCGCGAGGUCCUCCUCGCAGCCAACUUCCCCCCCUGCCCCAAAGGGGAUGACUGCCCCCUCAUCCAGCCGAAUAUCGACCUCCCGCAUCCCUACGCGCACUUCGACCUCGACGAUUACGGCCCACCCAGACAUUGGCAUUGCUCCCGCUUGGAGCUGCACAAAAAGUCUCGACUGCUGUGGACAUUGCCGGACAUCCCGCUAGGCGCGCCCGCCCCGGAUGAUCCCAACUACAUGCUAGUCACCGAUGAUCGGCUCGAAGAGUACGACCCACGAAUGCAUAUCGGCCGAGUGCCAUAUACUCACUACCCCGUCAAAAUACCUACGCUUGUGCGCUACGCAGAGUCGUUGGCCUACUUGUAUCUUCGCGAUAAGAGUUCUGAAAUGUCCCUGUUCCCAGGGAUCUUUGUGGAGAGAGCACAGCCAAUAUGCUUCACUGGCGAUCCCGAGAAUUUAAUACAGGUGGACAUCAUCCCGCCGCACUUGCCACCCUACCUUCCCGCUCACGCGGUGACCCUGGGGAGCGUGAACCCGAACCAUCUUCAUUUUCUUGCCCCGCUGGACCUCCUCGUUUACAAAAUCCACUGCUGCAGCAUGCGGCCCUCGUCGGAUAAGCGAAGGCAGGAUGCGCGGGACGCGCAAAAGCUAGUCAAUAUUCUGUCUGGGCAGGGGGGCAUUGCCCUUGAUAACUCGCAGCUACAGGCUGUCUUGUCCGGUUUGGAUGGAAUGUUGGAGUAUUCUGGGGAGACAAGAGAGUGGUGGGAAUCUGCCCUCGGGCUGAGCGGCUGA